AUGCCACAGUUCAAAACGGAUGGAAAUAUUGCACAUUUCGAAGCUUCAUUUUCUGCCGAUAUUGGCGUGGAAAAUGAGGUUUUGGAAUCACCUUUUUCUCAUAAUAACAAUGAAACAGAUGAUACUCUAAAUUUGCACCAACGUUCCGGCUACUCACAUCAACAUGAAGCGUCUGGUCUACUCCCCGGUCCAAUUAAGAACCCGAAAGAACCUGAAAACGACCUCUACGAUUUUGAUUCGCAACACUCAGAAUCUUCUCCUAUUUUGCACGAAUCGAACUCACUACCUUGUUCUCCCAUACACACUUCAGCGAAAGAUCUCGGUCUUGAUCCAAACCUACUCCAUGUGUUCGUAUUCAGUGAUGCUGGAAAGCCUAUUUAUACUAGGUAUGGGGAUGAGAGUAAGUUAGCUCAUGUAAUGGGAGUCAUGCAGGCUUUGGUUUCAGUUGUUGCACAACUAGGUGACCAAGUCCAAACCCUUGUUGCUGGUGACAAAAAUAUCAUCUUUCGAUCCUAUGGCCACCUUAUUUUGGUUGCUGUUGGAUCUUCUCAGGAACCGAUAUCUCAUCUUUCAGUAAUUUUGAAAUAUGUAUAUAAUCAGAUCGUUAGUGCUCUGACUAACCAACGAAUAGACAAAUGGUUUAUGCAAAAACAGAAUCUUGAUCUUCGAAACCUCAUGAUUGGUGAUAAUCGCUUGCUCUCCGGGGCUGUAGAAUUGGUCGAAACUCAAAUGGGACCCACUCUAAACUCCGUUCUUUGUAUUCCCUUGCCCAACCAAAUUCGGGACACAGUUGUUCAAGCCAUUAUACACGGGGCUAGGCCAUCGCAGAACCUCCUUUUCGCCAUCCUACUGACAAACUACCGAGUAGUGUGCAUCGUCAGUAUGAAGAAGCACUUCUUGGACCCAGUUGAUAUUCAUCUGAUCACAAAUCUGGUUCGAUGUUCGCAGUCUUUCAGAAAUGCCUCAACUAACUGGCUUCCUAUCUGUCUACCCAAUUUUAAUUCUAAUGGAUAUCUGUAUGCCAAUCUCUCCUAUCUUGACAACCACUCCUGUCUGGUGUUGAUGACUGUUGAUAGUGAAAAGUUCUACUCUCUUCAGAACUCCAGGGACCAAAUUCUCUCGCGAUUACAAUCAGCUUUACAAGGAGAAUGUCUUAAGUGUUUAGCAUCUGCAACCUGGCCAGAUGUUGCAUUGUUGGGUUUUGGAGGUGGUUUACGUCACUUUGUUUGUAAACUCGUACCUGCUGCUCAGUACACAACAAGCAGAUGGACUCCGCCAUACAACUACAAUACUCCUACUACAAAACCGGAUGAUUCCCAGGACUCUCUUUCUCCUGAAGCCAAGGAAUCCAUCAUAGCAGCUGUUAAGCAGAGGCAAGAGAACGUUCUACGAGCUUAUCGAGUAAUGCACAAGAAUCUCCACUGCAAAAUCCAUCCAGUUAGUUGUAUAUUCCAAGCUUCUGAUACAGAAGCUCAACUUGCUUCUAUUCAAGGUGAUCUGGAGGUGUAUAUGACUCUAGAACCCCUUGUUAGUAAGCAGGAGGCUUUCGAUAUAUUGAAAAAACUCACAAAGUGGAUCUCAUCUAAUAAGCAGCGUCUCUUUAUACUUUCAUCUCCAACGUUUUGA